CACAGCCAGUAGGACAUACAACACAUAAACGCACACACACACCAUGAUCCUGCUGGGCCCCAGCCUGUGCCUUCCCUCACAGGCCACCGUCCAGGAGCUUUUCCUCAUCGCCCGAGACGCCAAUACCAUCCCAUACAUCUCCUUGGAUCCCGUUCUCACCACCUUUCUGUCACUGGACUCGGCGGUGGCACUGCAGCACCAAUACGCCUCUUUGCAGCGGGGCAUGAGCGAUGAGCAGCAGGAGGUGUUCGGCCUCCGUCUGAACAGAGAGCUGUGGGGGAGCAGGGUCAGCCGCGGGGGGGUCGGCAUUGUUGCUCUGGCCCUGUCCUUGCUGCUCGACCACAUUGCCCAACAGGUUCGACACAACACCUCAUCAACAGAGGCCAACCGAUUGCCCCUGACAACCAAGAUGAUUUUUGGCAUCAGUGCUUCUUCAAGAAUCGGCCUGAUUAUUCAAAACUACCUGAGGCUAAUUCCUGGUAUUGCCAACGACCACAACACCAUGGCUGAGACCACGGAGAUCUACGACAACUGGCUCAAACUGGAGCUGCUGGACCAUUUCCAGAGGAUGACCACCAAGAAGAGGAUGAGCUCUGUGUCCAUGCAGCAGUGGUUGACUGGGGCUGCUGUUCAUCUACACAUGAGGAUCCACCAGGUUCGGCUUCACUCUGUGCCACCAGGCUCAGCGGAGUCCCUUCGUUUGUCUUAUAAGACAGCAUUUAACCGUCUGGUGCAGGGCUACACGAUCUACCUUCAUAGGAACAUUCAAGAGACUGCACCUUCAGCACUACAGAAUCUAAGAAAAGCAGCCAACAUCUCCAGUGUAACCAACAAGACCUGCUCUCCUCUGUCCUUUAGCCAAGGAGACACUUUAAAUGAGACCAACCCAAGAGGAGGUUGUAGAACAGAUGAGUCCGCUUCAAAAGGGGGUCACGGAGAUGACAUUGUGUGGGCUGGUAACAGAAGUGAUGACGGUGCCACACAGGGUCUGCUGGUGAUCGAGGCAGGGAGAAACGUUAGUCACGACGUGCAGCAUCACCCCUGCGAGUCUCCCGCCAUACAACGAGCUUUGGUGAUACGUAUUGUCAAUGCACAGUACCUGGAACAGAGCAGAAACUUUUUCCUUUAUUCCAAAAAAAUCUUCCACCGCCUUCUUGGGCAGAGGGAUGCCUUUGAGCUGAACGACAAAUGAUUCAUUGUUUUACUGUGUGAAAGCUGUGGAAGCUCAGAAGCUUAUCAAUAAAAAUCCUAAACCAUU